CCUGGUCUGAGAUGGCGUUUACAGAAUGCCAGAUACCUGGCGGUGCCAGUCCGAGGACCCCAGGCCCCACUGGAGCACCUUCCUUGCUUUGGAAGCUGACCUCUGACCUGGGAGCAGCCAGAAUCUAGGUAUCCCAACCCCCGCCCUGGACUCAGAGCCCCACCACCACCAGUGAGUCUUGGCUCUGCUUAUAGCAUCUGACGCCAGAGGGGCUGGAAAUAGUCCCUGGAGGAGAGGGAGAAGGGGCUAUUUAAAGGGCUCCAGAGGAGCCAGGCACAGCAGCAGAGGGAGCAAGAAGGGAUCAUGGCCACUUCAGAGCUGAGCUGCCAAGUGUCCGAGGAGAACCAGGAACGCCGGGAAGCCUUCUGGGCUGAGUGGAAAGAUCUGACCCUGUCCACCCGGCCGGAAGAGGGAUGCUCCCUGCAUGAGGAGGAUACACAGAGGCAUGAGACCUACCACAGGCAGGGACAGUGCCAGGCAGUGGUGCAGCGCUCGCCCUGGCUGGUGAUGCGCCUGGGUAUCCUCGGCCGCGGGCUGCAGGAAUACCAGCUGCCAUACCAGCGGGUGCUGCCGCUGCCCAUCUUCACCCCCGCCAAGGUGGGAGCUGCCAAGGAGGAACGCGAGGAGACCCCCAUCCAGCUGCGGGAGCUGCUGGCACUGGAGACCGCUCUGGGCGGCCAGUGCGCGGAGCGCCAGGACGUGGCUGAGAUCACCAAGCAGCUUCCCCCAGUGGUGCCUGUCAGCAAACCCGGGACCCUGCGGCGAACCCUGUCUAGAUCCAUGUCUCAGGAAGCUCAGAGAGGCUGAGAUGGACUGUAACUCAGGCUCCACUGUGUCUGCCUUGGGCUGGGCCCUUCCUGGCUAGGACCAUGGAGGAGAGCUGCUGGCCGCGGCUGCUUUGUAGUUUGCCCAGAGGUGGGGGCUAUGGGAGGAGGGAGCCAGAGGCCAGGAUACUUAGUUGUCCUGAGUUCCCGAAGGGAGGGCAUCAAGGAUGGUGGGCUGAGGUGGAGCACCCUCAGCCCCAGAAGAAGGGACAAGAGAUACUGGCGAGGCCAAGAGGCCCCUGGAAACGGUGACCUGUUCGGUUACAGAGACGGAGUAGUAGGACAUGGAAGGGAUCUGCAAUGCUCUGGGAAGGAAGCUUGAAGACUAGAGGGAGGGGGAUGUGGAGAGGGCAGAAGCAGGGCAGGCCCCCAGCACCCUCCGUUAGCACUGCAAUAAAUGCUCAACCGUG